AGCUUCUGACCAAUCACCGCCUCCCGGGGGCGGGUCGAGCGUGAACUGUUGUGGAUGUGGAAAAAUGGUCAAUUUAUCACGCAUAUUCAUCAUUCAUAUCCCAACGGGGAAAGCUUUGGUUGCACGCUGAUUUGAUUGGCAAAUGCCUGGCCGUGGUGUGAAACGGAAAAUCACCAGUUGGGAGGAGAAGAGCGCGGUUCGCUACCCGGAGGGCCCCUGCAGACAGCAGUUGUGCCAGGCACUAUGAGGCAGCAAGCUUGGCCUGCGAGAGCGGAGAAAUCACCCUUCAUCACUCUCGGCCGGGCUGGACAGCGGAAGAAAUGUACAAAGCAGCAGCGCGUGCUACAGCAGAGGCGGGCUAAUACACACAUCUGAGCGUACAGUUGAAAGCAAAUGGGAAGGCCAGAAAGAGACUGAAAGAGGGGAGUCAGUAACUUAGACUGUGUCCUUUCUAAAUGGCAAAGUGGACUGGGCCACAUUCAGAGGCAGCGAUGUCCUUGUUAACACAUUGUCCUCCAUUAGAAGCUCCUUGUUAGAAGUUGCAAGUUAGUCCCAAACCCCUGUGAGGCUACAGAGCUGAGGGGACAACAAAAGUAAAAACAGAGGACGAAAGCGAGACAGAGCAGGGAAAAAGGAGACUGUCACAGGCCCUCAUGCAGGCGCGUAAGAAGUAUGUUCUGCUGGGCUUGUGUGCGUGCUGCUGGCUGGUCCUCUUUUACUGGGGUGGAGGAGUCCAGCUGCGUCUACUCCGCCUGCUGACACGCCACCGGGGUGAUGUGAUGCGCCCCUGGCCCAACUGGACCGACAGAGCCUUUUUGCCCCGCUAUGCCCACUUGGAUGAACUUCAGACAGACCCUGGGAUGGCAGAGUCACCCCGCCAGCGGCGCCAGGCAUGGUCUGCCAUUUAUAAAGACAGCCGCUGUCGCAUGGAGACCUGUUUUGACUUCUCUCGGUGUCGCCGUAGAGGAAGGGAAGGGUUCAGAGUGUACAUAUAUCCAUCGGAGAAAAACGACCGCGUGUCGGAAAGCUACAGGAAGAUCCUAACAUCUAUAGCCGAGUCACGGUACUACACCUCAGACCCCCGUGAGGCAUGUCUGUUCGUGCUUGGUAUAGACACCUUAGACAGGGACCAGCUAUCAGGACAGUUUGUGCCCAAUGUGGAUGAACGUAUCCGUGGUUACCCAUUGUGGAAUGACGGGCGGAACCAUCUGAUUUUCAACCUGUACUCAGGCACGUGGCCUAACUACACAGAGGACCUGGGCUUCAACAUUGGCCAGGCCAUCUUAGCCAAAGCCAGCCUCAACACAGAACAUUUCAGGCCGGGCUUUGAUGUCUCCAUCCCUCUCUUCUCAAAGGAUCACCCGCAGAAGGGUGGAGAGCGGGGCUGGCUGGUGAGGAACACAGUUCCACCACGAAGGAAGUACCUGCUGAUGUUCAAAGGGAAGCGCUAUCUAACGGGCAUCGGCUCAGACACAAGAAAUGCGCUUCAUCACAUUCACAAUGGCAAGGACAUUGUGUCGUUGACAACAUGCCGCCACGGGAAGGACUGGGAGAAGCACAAAGACGCCCGCUGCGACCAUGACAACCUGGAAUACGAAAGGUUUGAUUACCAGGAGCUCCUCCACAACUCCACGUUCUGUUUGGUGCCUCGAGGUCGGCGCUUGGGCUCCUUCCGCUUCCUGGAGUCACUGCAGGCGGCGUGUAUCCCAGUACUGCUGAGUAACGGCUGGGAGCUGCCGUUUUCUGACGUCAUACAGUGGAACCAAGCGGUCAUUGAGGGAGACGAAAGAUUACUACUUCAGGUGCCAUCUACAGUGAGAGCAGUAGGGAACGAGAGAGUGCUGGCUCUACGACAAAGGACACAGAUGUUGUGGGAAGCUUACUUUUCCUCGGUGGACAAGAUAGUUCUCACCACACUGGAGAUCAUUAAGGACCGUGUAUUUUCUCACAUAUCGAGGAACAAGUACAUGUGGAACUACCUCCCAGGAGGUCUGCUGGUCCUGCCAGAGUACUCCACUCAUCUUGCACAUUUCCCUUUCUACUACCUUGGAUUAGGAGUCACUCCAGGACAGGAGUUCACUGCGGUCAUCCAUGCUGUCUCUCCAUUGGUCUCCCAGUCUCAACCAAUCAUGAAGCUACUUCAGGUGGUCUCUAAGUCAAAGUACUGCUCACAGAUCAUUAUUCUGUGGAACAGCGAGAAACCGCCACCCAGUCGGAGCAAAUGGCCUCCUAUGCCUGUCCCCCUCACUGUGACAGAUGGCAGGAGGAAGACCACCAGUCGGUUUCUACCUCAUGUUGCCAUAGAGACGGAAGCAGUGCUGAGUCUGGAUGAGGAUACGGUCCUACUGACAAGUGAGGUGAACUUUGCCUUCUUGGUGUGGCGGAGCUUCCCUGAGCGGAUUGUAGGCUAUCCUCCCAGAAGCCACUUCUGGGAUCCCCUGAAGCGGGCCUGGGGCUACACCUCCAAAUGGACCAACGACUACUCUAUUGUCCUAACUGGAGCCGCCUUCUACCACAGGUACUACCACUACCUGUUCACUCACUACCUGCCUCAGUCUCUGCGGACUCUGGUGGAUCGCACCUCCAACUGUGAGGACAUCCUUAUGAACUUCCUGGUCUCUGCUGUGACUCACCAGCCGCCGAUCAAAGUGGCUCAAAGGAAGCAGUACAAGGAGCUCCCCAGUCCACAGGGUACGAAGAGCGUCCCUUGGGCCAACCCUGAACACUUCAACCAGAGGCAAGAGUGCGUCAACUCCUUUGCCAACUGGUUUGGCUACAUGCCCCUGGUGCAUUCUCAGUUUCGCCUGGACCCCGUUCUCUUCAAAGAUCAAGUGUCCGUCCUACGCAAGAAGUACAAAGACCUGGAGAGGGCCUAACAUUUCUGGACAAAAAGACUAGAGAGCGUUGAAGUCAUGUUUCGAGCCAUUUUGGACAGACAAAUAUGGCUACUAAGUAACAGAAAGUUCAAGACAUGUCUUUCAUGCAUGGGAAGUGGACAAAAAGGCACCGAGGUCCAUUGGUGACAUGGACAAUCAUCAAGAAAGACCCAAGGAGAUCUGAACUAUAUAAAGAGCUUAAGAGAAAGGAGUCUAUAAAAAGUACUUCAAAUGCUUCUCCAACCUCCAUGAAUCUUGAGAAAUUUGGGGCCUUAAAAUAGUCCUUGUGAUUGGCCCUGUCGCUGAGAAAGGACAAUUAAAAUAGUCAAAAAAGGAACAUUUGUGAACACUUCAAAUGUCAGUGCUACUGCAGUGGCAACAAGGAGAGAAUGACUAUCUCAUGCCAGGAGCACCCAAGGGACUGGUAUCGGUGCCAUGCACUCCAGCUGGCAACAUCUGUCUCCAUGUUACUGUUGCCAAGGAAACAGAUCAUUUCACAUUAAAAUGCUAACUGUAAGACCAAUAAAGUGAUUUAUAAAUGCAAA